AUGUCCACCAAACCCGUCGCCCUCAUUCUCGGCGCAGGCCCCAAUGUAGGCUUAGCCAUAAGCACCUCAUUCACCAUCCUGAACUACCGCGUUGCAACUGCCUCCCGAUCCGGCACGAACAGCAUCAACCCCGACACGGGCAUCCUCACCCUGAAAGCCGAUUUCACGGCGCCAACAUCCAUUCCCAACCUCUUCUCGCUCGUGCUAAAAGAGUACGGCACAUCGCCCAACGUUGUGGUCUGGAACGCUGCCGCGCUGACGCCUCCCCCUGUGGAAGAGAGCGUGCUAUCCAUAUCCCAGGAACAAUUUGCCAAAGACCUGAAUGUCAAUACCGUGAGUCCGUAUGUGGCAGCGCAGGAAGCGGUCAAGAGCUGGGAAAGCAUGGGGGAGGAGCAUGCAGGGGAUAAGAAGACGUUUAUCUACACUGGCAAUACGCUGAAUCAGACCAUUGCGCCUGUCCCGCUGUUCUUGACACUGGGUGUGGGAAAGAGCGCGAAUGGUGCACCCAUGCUAAACGGUGUAGAUGGCCCUGCGCACGGCGCAUUCUAUGCGCAGUUGGUGCAGCAAGAAAGGGAUGUACCGUGGUUAGCUACGUUUGUCAAGGACAAGGGCUAUGUCAAGUUUUAG